AUGGUUUUGAAACCAGCCAAGAGGGGAGCUCGGGUCACUGCGGAGGAGAAUCAUACAGUGGCAGCAGCUGACGUGAAACCAGUUGUGGUGAAUGGUUCCUCGGAGCCCCAUUCAGGGAUUGACUCGGCUACUCUUAGAUAUGCAUUUCUAUCGCUGGGAAUUUGGAUAUCCUUUACGGUUUUUGGCUAUUGUCAAGAGUCAUUGACUCGCCAGGAGUUCAAUGGUCGCCGUUUUGUAUGGACCGAGGCCCUUAUCGUGUGUCAAUGCAUAAGCAACGUUAUCGUUUCUGGCACUGUUAUUGCCUUUACUCGGACUCCCUCUAGUAAGAGCAAUAACAGGUGGACGGCUGAUGUGCCUACUCGAGACUGGUUUGUUGUAGCCCUGGGAUAUCUAGGAGCCCACAGUUUCGGCCUAGCUGCUUUAAAGCACAUCAUAUUCCCUCUGCAGGUCAUCAUCAAAUCGUGUAAGUCCAUACCAGUGAUGAUAGGGGAGAUCCUUAUAGCUCACCAUCCUCCGAGUUUAGCCAAGACCUUUAAUGUCAUCCAACUCAGUGGUGGAGUGGCACUGUUCAUGUAUGCAAAGGCAGCAUCGUCCUCAGCGGGUAAAGGGCUCACCUGGGACUCUGAGAUGCUCUUUGGAGCUUUUCUUGCCUGCAUGGCAUUGGUUUGUGAUGCCAUAUACGGUCCUUACCAGAAUAGGAUCUGUAAGACGCACAAUCCCUCCAAUUGGGUUCUCAUGUUCAACAUGAACUUUUUUGAGCUUGUGGUAAAGCACUCCAGUCAUGACCCGCCAGCGCCCAUGACGGAGAAACGAAUCAAUAAGUGGAGGAAGUCGAUUACUAGAGAGAAGAAGCACGACUAG